CGUAUGCGCUCAGUCGGUUGCGCGCCGGUUGGCUGUGUGGAUGGGUUUGUGUGGAUCGUUAAUCGGUGGUUUUUGGUGUACUUCGACAGGUUUUUAUGCGAGCACUCGGAUAAAACGGUGUCGCGGACUAUCCUCACGAGAAGGAGCGCCCUUACGAAGGGUAAGACAGAAGUGAGUUGUUGGUCCGAUUGACAAAAUGACGACCGACAUCUCGGUAGUGCGCGGAGGUUGGGACCCCACGCUACAACAAGAGAUUGUCGAUGAGUACGAAUACGACGGAGGAAACUCGAGCUCGAGACUCUUCGAACGUUCACGAAUCAAGGCUUUAGCUGGUGAACGUGAACUAGUACAAAAGAAGACCUUCCAAAAAUGGGUGAACUCACAUUUGGUUCGAUGCUCAUGCCGAAUUGGAGAUCUGUACGUCGACCUCCGUGAUGGAAAGAUGCUGAUCAAACUGCUGGAAAUCCUAUCCGGAGAACGUUUACCACGACCAACGAAAGGAAAAAUGCGAAUCCAUUGUUUGGAGAACGUCGACAAAGCGUUGCAGUUCCUACGGGAGCAGAGGGUGCACCUGGAGAACAUGGGUUCCCACGACAUAGUCGACGGGAAUCCGCGAUUGAGCUUGGGUCUGAUCUGGACCAUCAUCCUUCGCUUCCAAAUCCAGGACAUCACCAUCGAAGAGACCGACAAUCAAGAGACAAAGUCAGCCAAGGACGCGUUGUUGCUCUGGUGUCAGAUGAAGACCGCUGGCUAUCAUAACGUGAACGUGAGAAAUUUCAGCACUUCCUGGCGCGACGGCCUGGCUUUCAACGCCAUCAUCCACAAGCACAGACCGGAUCUGAUCCAGUUCGACAAGCUUUCCAAGGCGAAUGCUAUCUACAACCUUAACAACGCGUUCAACGUUGCCGAAGACAAAUUGGGGCUGACUAAACUCCUCGACGCCGAGGACAUAUUCGUCGAUCAUCCGGACGAGAAGUCCAUCAUCACCUACGUGGUCACUUACUAUCACUAUUUCUCUAAGAUGAAGCAAGAAACUGUCCAGGGCAAGAGGAUAGGCAAGGUCGUCGGCAUUGCUAUGGAGAACGAUCGCAUGAUACACGAAUACGAAAGCCUGACGAGCGAUUUGCUGCGUUGGAUAGAGGGCACCAUAGAGGCCCUCGGCGACCGUAGAUUCGCCAACUCGUUAGUGGGCGUUCAGUCCCAGCUUUCCCAGUUUUCCAACUAUCGGACCGUAGAAAAACCGCCUAAGUUUGUGGAGAAGGGUAACUUGGAAGUGCUUCUGUUCACGUUGCAGUCCAAAAUGAGGGCCAAUAAUCAAAAGCCGUACACACCUAGAGAGGGAAAGAUGAUAUCGGACAUCAAUAAGGCUUGGGAAAGAUUGGAGAAAGCCGAGCACGAAAGGGAAUUGGCUCUGCGCGAGGAACUAAUCCGUCAGGAGAAGUUGGAACAGCUGGCGGCGAGGUUCAAUCGCAAGGCCAGCAUGAGAGAAACCUGGUUGUCCGAGAACCAGCGUUUGGUCUCCCAGGAUAAUUUCGGUUUCGAUUUAGCCGCGGUGGAAGCCGCGGCCAAGAAACACGAGGCCAUUGAAACAGACAUAUUCGCCUAUGAGGAAAGAGUCCAGGCGGUAAUGGCGGUGUCCCAAGAAUUGGAGGCUGAAAACUACCACGACAUCGAGCGAAUCAACGCUCGCAAAGACAAUGUCCUCAGACUAUGGACUUAUCUCCUGGAAUUGUUGCGCGCCAGAAGAAUGAGGCUGGAGCUGUCUCUGCAGCUGCAGCAGAACUUCCAGGAGAUGUUGUACAUCUUGGACAGCAUGGAGGAGAUCAAGAUGCGUCUCUUAACCGACGACUACGGGAAGCACUUGAUGGGCGUGGAGGAUCUUUUGCAGAAGCAUUCUUUGGUCGAGGCCGAUAUCAAUGUUUUGGGAGAAAGAGUGAAGGCUGUCGUCCAACAGAGUCAGAGAUUCCUGGAACACGGAGAGGGCUACAGACCGUGCGAUCCUACCAUCAUCGUCGAACGCGUGCAGCAGCUCGAGGAUGCUUAUGCCGAAUUGGUUCGACUGGCGGUGGAACGUAGAGCCAGGCUCGAGGAAUCUCGCAAACUCUGGCAGUUCUAUUGGGAUAUGGCAGACGAGGAGAACUGGAUCAAGGAGAAGGAGCAGAUAGUGUCGACCGGGGACAUCGGUCACGAUUUGACCACUAUCAACUUACUGCUGUCGAAACAUAAAGCUCUAGAGAACGAAAUUCAAUCCCACGAACCUCAGCUAAUGUCUGUAGCAGCGGUCGGCGACGAACUGGUCCGUCAACAACAUUUCGGUUCCGAUCGUAUCACGGAGAGACUGCAGGAGAUUUUGGGAAUGUGGAAUCAUCUUCUCGACCUGGCUGCCUUCAGAAGGAAGCGUUUGGAAGAGGCUGUUGACUAUCACCAGCUGUUCGCCGAUGCCGACGACAUAGAUAUUUGGAUGUUGGAUACUCUGAGACUGGUGUCGUCGGAGGAUGUUGGCAGAGACGAGGCCAACGUUCAAUCGCUGUUGAAGAAACACAAGGAUGUUACCGACGAGCUGAAGAAUUAUGCCACCACGAUCGACCAGCUUCACCAGCAAGCCUCUGGUCUCGGAGAGCAAGAUGCCAAGUCGCCGGAAGUAUUGGAGAGACUGGCUUCCAUCGAUUCCAGGUACAAGGAGCUGAUGGAACUGGCCAAGCUACGCAAACAGAGACUACUGGACGCUUUGUCUUUGUACAAGUUAUUCAGCGAGUCCGACGGAGUUGAGCAGUGGAUAGGCGAGAAGAACAGGAUGUUGGAAACCAUGGUGCCAGCCAAGGACAUCGAAGACGUCGAAAUCAUGAAGCACAGGUACAAUGGCUUCGAGAAGGAGAUGUAUGCUAACGCGUCCCGGGUCGCCGUAGUAAAUCAAUUAGCCAGACAGCUGUUGCACGUGGAGCAUCCGAACUCCGAGCAAAUAGUCGCUAGACAGAACGAGCUGAACCAGAAGUGGGCCGAAUUGAGAGAGAAAGCGGAUCACAAACGGGACGAGUUGAACUCUGCUCACGGUGUGCAAACCUUCCAUAUCGAGUGUAGGGAGACAGUGUCCUGGAUAGAAGAUAAGAAACGAAUUCUCCAACAGACCGAUAGUCUUGAGAUGGAUCUGACCGGUGUCAUGACGCUUCAACGUCGUCUGAGCGGCAUGGAACGCGAUUUGGCAGCUAUUCAGGCUAAGUUGGAUGCCUUAGAAUUAGAAGCCCAAAAUAUUCAACAGCAGAAUCUGGAAGAUCCGGAGGUCAUUCGCGACAGAAUCGCCCAGAUACACACCAUCUGGGAACAGCUGACGCACAUGCUGAAGGAACGCGACGCGAAACUGGAAGAAGCCGGUGAUCUGCAUAGAUUCUUGAGAGAUCUUGAUCACUUCCAGGCCUGGUUAACCAAGACCCAGACAGACGUAGCCAGCGAGGACACUCCAACUACUUUGGCCGACGCCGAGAAGCUCCUAACUCAGCAUCAAAACAUCAAGGAAGAGAUUGACAAUUACACGGGCGAUUAUCAGAAGAUGAUGGAGUACGGAGAGAGAUUGACCACCGAGGCUGGCGACGGCGACACUCAGUACAUGUUCCUCAGAGAACGGCUGAAUGCGUUGAAGAUGGGCUGGGAAGAGCUGCACCAGAUGUGGGUGAACAGACAGAUCUUGUUAUCGAACUCGCUGAACUUGCAGGUAUUCGAUCGCGACGCCCGUCAAGCGGAGGUGUUGCUAUCCCAGCAGGAGCACAUUCUUGCGAAGGAUGAGACUCCGGUGAACUUCGAGCAGGCCGAACAGAUGAUUAAACGGCACGAGGCGUUUAUGACCACGAUGGAUGCGAAUGACGAGAAGGUCAACUCGGUGGUGCAGUUCGCGGCCAGAUUGGUCAAUCAGGGCCAUUUCGCUGCAGACAAGGUGAAGAAGAAGGCGGAGAACAUCAAUGAGCGCAGACAGAUCAAUCGCGAGAAGGCGAACCAAUAUAUGGAGAAGCUGAAGGAUCAGUUGCAGUUGCAGAUGUUCCUGCAGGAUUGCGAGGAGCUUGGCGAAUGGGUGCAGGAGAAGCAUAUCACUGCACAAGACGAGACCUAUAGGAGCGCUAAGACGGUACACAGCAAGUGGACUAGGCAUCAGGCCUUCGAAGCGGAGAUAGCUAGCAACAAAGACCGCCUGCAGCAACUACAGCAAGCUGCCGAAGAAUUGAUUCAACAGAAGCCUGAUCUUGCCGAGAUCAUCAAACCUAAAGUGGCCGAAUUAGCUGAUCAGUUCGAAGAACUUGAAACGACCACUCAUGACAAAGGCGAACGCCUGUUCGAUGCUAACAGAGAAGUCCUUAUACAUCAGACUUGCGACGAUAUCGAUUCCUGGAUGAACGAACUGGAGAAACAGAUCGAGAGCACUGACACAGGAUCGGACCUUGCGUCGGUGAACAUUCUCAUGCAGAAGCAACAGAUGAUCGAGACGCAGAUGGCUGUAAAGGCCAAACAGGUCACCGAACUGGAUAAACAGGCUGAACACUUGCAGCGCACUGUUCCAGACGAUAAGAUGGAGGAGAUCAAGUGCAAGAAGGAGAAGGUAGCGCAGAGAUUCGCUCAGCUGAAGGCGCCUCUGAUAGAUCGUCAGCGUCAAUUAGAGAAGAAGAAGGAGGCGUUCCAGUUCAGACGUGACGUGGAAGAUGAGAAACUCUGGAUCGCUGAGAAGAUGCCGCAGGCUACCAGCAGUGAGUAUGGAAACUCCUUGUUCAAUGUACACAUGUUGAAGAAGAAGAACCAAUCGCUACGUACUGAAAUCGACAACCACGAGCCCAGGAUCAACUUAGUCUGCAAUAACGGACAAAAACUGAUUGACGAAGGACAUGAAGACAGUCCUGAGUUCCAAAAACUGAUACCUGAAUUGACUGAGAAGUGGAAGGAGCUGAAGGACGCUGUGGAAGAUAGAAACAAACAUUUACUUCAAAACGAAAAGGCUCAGCAGUACUUCUUCGACGCGACCGAGGCCGAGUCCUGGAUGAGCGAGCAAGAAUUAUACAUGAUGGUCGAUGAUCGGGGCAAGGAUGAGAUUUCUGCCCAGAAUUUGAUGAAGAAGCACGAGUCCUUGGAGCAUGCUGUUGAAGAUUAUGCAGAUACUAUUCGCCAGCUUGGAGAGACCGCCAGGCAGCUGAUCAACGAUCAACAUCCACUGGCUGAUCAGAUCGCAGUGAAACAAUCACAGGUCGACAAACUAUACGCCGGACUGAAGGAUCUAGCCGGCGAACGACGAGCCAAGCUGGAUGAAGCACUUCAGCUGUUUAUGUUGAACAGAGAAGUAGAUGAUCUGGAGCAGUGGAUCGCGGAGAGAGAAUUGGUUGCGGGAAGUCACGAAUUGGGCCAGGAUUACGAUCAUGUGACCCUUCUUUGGGAACGAUUCAAGGAAUUCGCUAGAGACACCGAAGCGACAGGAUCCGACCGCGUGGUAGCGGUGAAUGGAAUUGCCGAUUCGUUGAUCGCCGCUGGACACUCCGAUGCAGCCACUAUCGCCGAAUGGAAGGAUGGCUUGAACGAAGUCUGGCAAGACUUGCUGGAGUUGAUCGAGACACGUACGCAGAUGUUGCAAGCUAGUAGAGAGCUGCACAAGUUCUUCCAUGAUUGCAAGGAUGUCCUUGGAAGGAUCCUAGAGAAACAAAACGCGAUGUCCGACGAACUUGGUCGCGACGCUGGUUCUGUGUCCGCUCUCCAACGAAAACACGCAAAUUUCAUGCAAGAUUUGUCCACUCUACAGAGCCAAGUGUCUCAAAUCCAAGAAGAAUCCGCCAAGCUACAAGCAAGCUAUGCUGGCGACAAAGCUAGAGAGAUAACGAAUCGCGAAGGAGAGGUAGUAGCCUCUUGGAAUAACCUACAGUCUUUGUGCGAGGAAAGAAGAGCAAAAUUAGAAGACACCGGCGAUCUCUUCCGCUUCUUUAACAUGGUCAGAACUCUGAUGAUAUGGAUGGAUGACGUUGUACGUCAGAUGAACACCUCUGAAAAGCCUCGAGAUGUUGCCGGAGUCGAGUUACUAAUGAACAAUCAUCAGAGUCUGAAGGCUGAAAUCGAUGCUAGAGAAGACAAUUUGCUGGCGUGUAUUAAUCUUGGAAAGGAUUUGUUAGCUAGGAACCAUUAUGCUAGUACUCAGAUUAAAGACAAGUUGGCUGCCCUCACUGAUCAUAGGAAUGCAUUAUUGCAUAGAUGGGAGGAACGUUGGGAGAACUUGCAACUCAUUUUGGAAGUCUAUCAAUUUGCUAGAGAUGCAGCGGUUGCAGAGGCAUGGUUGAUCGCCCAGGAACCGUAUCUGAUGAGCCAGGAACUUGGACAUACCAUCGACGAGGUUGAGAAUUUGAUUAAGAAACACGAGGCCUUCGAAAAAUCGGCAGCUGCACAGGAAGAAAGGUUUAGUGCCUUGCAUCGACUUACUACGUUUGAGUUGAAAGAAUUGAAGAGGAGGGAGCAAGAACGAGAAGAGGAAGAGAGACGCAAGAAGGAGGAAGCUGCGGCAGCUGAAGCAGCUCGGUUAGCUAAAGCAACCCCAGUUACUAGUCCAGAUGAACCGCCCAGUGAAAGAGCCGAAGCAGAAGGUGUAACCAGUGGAGAACGUACAGUUGGUGAGGACGAAUCGCAUGUGGCACACCGCAAGGCUUCUACACGUACGCCCCUGCCUCAAGACAAGCCCAAGGAAGUGCAUGCUCAGAAACCUGCACGUCUAUCCAUACGAGGAGGACCAUCAUCGCCUACCACCCCCUCGCCUACGAAAUCUCCGCAAGGUGUAUCGAUUCCUACAACUCCAAAAGGUGGAAGCGGUUCCGAAUCUGGUACAUUAAGACGUAAGGAACGUAGUCGCAGCAAGUCGCCAUUCAGAAGUUUCCGCUGGAGAAAAUCCGCCAAGUCGCCGAGUUUAGAUCGCAGUGGCGUGAGUGAUGAUGAGCGCAGCAUAUCUGAACAACGAAGUCCCACCGACGACGAAUUCGAGGGUGUAUUGCAACGAAAGCACGAAUGGGAGAGUACAACGAAGAAGGCAUCUAAUCGGUCCUGGCACAAGGUGUACAUGGUCGUUCGCGGGCAAAGUCUGUUCGCAUACACGGACCAGAAAUCGUACAAGUCUGCGCCUGAUCAAUCUUAUAAAGGAGAAGCUCCUCUAGAUCUCAGGGGCGCUACCAUAACCGUGGCGAAUGAUUAUACCAAGAGGAAACAUGUCUUCCGAGUAAAGUCGCAAAGCGGAUCAGACUUCUUGUUCCAGGCCAAAGAUGACACCGAGAUGAAUGAAUGGGUCACGGCACUGAACCAAUCAGCGCAGGGUGCAUCGGGCGCAAGCACAUCCAGGGCACACACCUUGCCCGCGCCAACGCAAGCCGAGACCAAGAGACGUAGUUUCUUCACUCUCAAGAAAAACUAAACUGGAGCAGUGAAGUUCGGUAUAUGCCGCUCAGCACAACACACGUUUAAACAAAGAAAUGUUUCGUCGCUCUGCGUGGUUAAAGCAACGUUAACAUAACAAAUUAGGAAACACACGAUACACGGCCAACGAUGGUGUUUCGCUGAAUAAGAAAAAAAAAAUAAAAAAAAAAAAUAAAAAAGAACAUGAAAAUCGAAGGACGACCCUUGCUAAAACCAAGUCGUUUCACGAAACGCCUACAUCUCGACUACUAUCAGCCACGGGAUAAUAGAAAGAAAGAAAAGAAAAAUAUAGAGAAAUAUAUUUAAAGAAUCAGCUGUCUGUAUGUGUUAAAACACACUUCACACGCGUGUAGGCCAUUCUCGAAGUCUAAUUCGCAUUUUUAGUUCUUCAAGGAAUUUUUGGACACCUUGCAAUAUAUCGCUAGUUGAGGAAAGUGACACACACUCGGUAUGUCCCAUGUUAGCGUGAUCGAGAGUCCGCACUCACUCGAAUCGAUCGUCAAAAUGUUUAUUCUGCACAUUAGGAGUUUCCUCUUUUUUUCGGGCCUUAUCAUUGUACACGUGUGACUCGAUUGGAAUGUACCACUAUUAUUUUUAUGUUUAAUACGAUACCAUACGAUAUACACUAAUUAUAACGUUUUAAUCGAAAAACAAUAACGGAUUUGAAUGCAAGGUUGCCGUGAAUAUGCAUUCUGCAAAGCUGAACUGAAAGUUAGUCUUCCCAUGACUCUUCCUAUUGGAAGCUCACAGUAACAGGAAAAACUAUUUAUACACUCCUAUUUUUGUUUCCAAUUGACAACACUAAUAUUUUUACGGAAACAUUUAAGAUACAAAAUUAUUUUUAGUACACUGUUUUUGCAUAGGAUGGUAAAUUUUUGCUGAACAGGCUAUACAAAUAAUUUUUACCUUAUUGCGCUGAAAAUAUGUAACAUGCAAGGAAAUUUUUCUUUCACUGUGAAUACUCUGCUCAAAAUGGGGGACAAAAUCUAAGUAAUAUUAAAUACUCCUAUUAAGCCAUUAAAUUAUGCCAGUGAUCCUCCACUUCGACCAGUGUAUCAACUAUAAUAUUAUGGAAGGAGAAAUGUUAAACUUUUUUUUCGAAGUUAGCUGCUUUCAGAACUGUAUUAGCUCCGUUAAAAUAUGAAAAUUAUUUUAGCAACCCAAAUUAUUUUGGCUGCUAAACGUUCGAUUGCUAUUAGAACGAUUUUUACGAAUAGUAUCGUUUUGACACACUUAUUACGCAUAUACUUAAUAUUUUUUACACGUGAAGUUGAUAUAUUCAAUACUUCCAUUUCUUUUAUACAGAGACACAGAAAUAGUUAUGUUUCCACGGCAACCUGAAACAUAAUAACCGUUUGUAAUGAGAAUGCGAUCUUCUAAUUUUCAACCUGUACUCAUUCCAUCUCACUUCAGCGAAAAAUAAGUUGAACCAGCGUUGUUUUCAUUUCCACGCGAUUCGUUCUACAUGGUCUAUUGUACUCUGAUUUCGCGUGUUCCUGCAAACGGUUUGCGUUUGCGUUUCGAUGACUGCCAUAUAUGUUCAUAAGAAGCACACUAACUUGGGACAUGAUAUAUAAAUAUAUAAAUAAAUAUAUAAAUAUUAUAUAUAUAUAUAUAAAUAUGAAUUAGCUUUUAACAAAUUGUUAAAUAUAUGCUGCGCCCUAAGGGAAAAACGCAUUGGAGAAUUAUAAAGAAUGGAAGACACUGUGUAAUAAUUACAAGAACAUCCUCUUACACAAUCCCGAAAAAAUUACACAACAUUCUAUGGAAUUAAAAAAAAAACUGCGAGAGUGACGUUUCAAUUGUUCUUUAGAUUUCUCUGUGUACGGCGCAGUUAUUAUCAAGCGUGCGCGCGCGCGUGUGGCUUUCUGUGCUCUCGACGAGCAGUAGACUAUAAUUGAUUCCACUUGAUGCGUCUCGCUUGGUACUGACUUAACCGUUCUCGUUACGACUCGCGCGAUUGUUAUCUUCUUUUUUGUCUUUUAAAUAUUUAUCAAAUUCGUUUCUCUUUUUUUUUGUUUUACGUAGCAUGUAAGAGCUGGAUCUACAGCGAAGUUUUGAGAAGAAUUGCAUUUCCCCAGCAAAGACUUUUUAAUGAUUAACUCUCGAUGAAAGCUCGUUCCCGUUCUACUGCUCCAUCUCAAUGCGACUCGAGUAACUUGUCGACUUGUUCCAUGUCUUGGAAUGCAUCUUCAUUUCUCUUUUUUUUUUAUAGUCGAUAAUACUUAGGUUGCGGAUCUUUAUGCAUUUAUAACAAAAAUUGUUCAGUCUCUAAAGUAGAAUUUUCAUGAAUUGUGUGUUUCUUUUAAAACUGAAAAAAAAUGACAGCUACGAAUGUAAACAAAUAUUAGCUUAAUUCAGAUUCUACAGAUUAAUUCGUAAUAGUCUGCAACUUGCAUAAAAAUCCGCAAUUUAGUUACUAAUGGAUCCCUUCAACGAACAUUUCGAGAAUACAACUUUAUAAUAGAGUACCUCAUGUUUUUUAACCAUUGAUCGUGCGUGCUUCACUGAUUUGUACAUACUUUAUAACCACGAGUUAAAACAGUAUGCCUAGAGAUAGAGGACGACGAAAAAACUGGAAAGAAUGGCAACAACAAUCUCUAAUCAAAAAUUGUCUUAACACGUUCGCUUUUGUCUUAAUUUAAUGCAUGUGCAUUUAGUGGAUAUUUUUUUUUUAAUAUUUCGGAGUCGCAUUGCUACACUACACAACUUGAUAUUUCAUAGCUAUGUGUUUUAUAUAUAAAUAUAUAUAAAUAUAAAUAAUGAAGAUCAGUAAAUUAUAAGAAAUAAAAACUAUUAUAAUAGAUAAUAUAUGAUGAUUGUGAAACCAGCCGAUGGUACUUCGUGUACGGAAUAAUCCCUUCCGCAACUCCUACAAAAAAUAUUUAACAUUACAGCGUUUUCGAUAAUAAUAGACUUUUUCAAAAUAGUCUUAGUGUCGUUUUUUUUUAAAUAUAUUUUCAUCAUACGCUCUGUUUUAUACGUGAUGCAAUACGAGAUAAACCUGCCCGUGUCGCCAGGAAAUGAAACCCAUUAUCUAAUGUAGUUUUAUUGUUACGUUCAAGAGCCGCCAUUAAAGUACUUACUCCCCCAACGGUGAUCUUCAAUUUUAUCACGAAGAUUCUUUUGUAUUGGCUGCUACGUCGAUAAUUAUAUAUCCAAUGAUACUGUGACACAUGCUA